AAACAAUUAACGAACGAGUCGAGAGGGGAGUGUCUUGCCAUUGUUUUCUUUCUUUCCCUUGUCGCCGGCACGACCGUGAACGAAGCAAGAGUCGAUGGCGGAUCCCUAUUACUCAUACGGUGCUCCGGCAGCCGCUGACGGAGCUAGCAUUGCAAGGAGCAGCUUUGCUGGUUAUAUUCCCUCUGAGCCUUCAAAUUCCACCACUGAAUUGAGGAGCAUUGGGUCAGAUUACCUGCAGAGAGAUAUAGGCUUGUUUUACAGUGCUGAUGAUACCUUCGGCUCCAGAGUUCAUUCUGAGCCUGUUAAGGGUUAUUCACCUCUUGCAGAUCCUGAUCCGAGUAAAAAACGAGAUACAACGCCUUUGAGCAUUACUCAUGGUGUUCCUGAUGUAAACAGUGAAAGACCAGCCUCUAAAAGCAGUUAUGAUGGUCUACCAAUUUCAGCAGCAGACUCAAACAUUCUGUUUGUGGGUGGACUUCCAAAUGACUGCACUAGAAGGGAAGUCGGGCAUCUUUUCCGUCCCUUUAUUGGCUAUAAGGAUAUCAGAGUUGUUCACAAGGAGCCUAGACGUAGUGGAGACAAGGCUAUGACUUUGUGUUUUGUGGAGUUUGUUGACUCCAAAUGUGCUCUCACUGCCAUGGAAGCCCUGCAAGGCUACAAGUUUGAUGAUAAAAAGCCUGACUCGCCAACAUUAAAAAUAGAGUUUGCACACUUUCCUUUCCGUCUACCAUCUGAUCAUGGCAGCAGCUUAUCAACAAGAUACACACUGACGGGACAUUGAUUUCUUGGGCGAGAAUGUAUUUGAGGGUGCUCAGAUGUCAGAUAGAGAUAUUCAAUUUUAGAUUCCAAAUUUUAGGUUAGGCCUGCCCGUUGAAUAUAGUAUAUGGAUGCAAGAAUUCUGGCUACAAGACAAUUUUUUAAUCUAGAAUAUUGAUUAUUGGCAUUGGAUAGAAUUUUCAUUAUUAUAUUUUGGCCCGUUAGUAAAGCCUCUCCAAUCACCGGAGUAAGUCCGUGACUUUGUACAUGAGUUUUUGACCCUCUUAUAUCUGACAAUGGCGGGAGACUGGGAGUUUCGAAUAUUUAACCUUCCAUUUUAAUCUUUUAUGCACAAGCAGGGAGUUGUAACAAUAGUCAGGACUUGUGAAAAUAAUAAUAGUCAUGAGUUGGUUCAGUUUGUAUUCGGGCAUCACUUUGUGUGCACUACAUCAAUAUCAUGAUGUUAAUAUAAGUCAUUUUUCUUUUC